CUCUCUCUCCCUCUUCACAAACCAAUUGGCUUCUCUCUGUAAAACUUCACUCGUUGGCCAAUUUCUUUUGGUUUUCAUAAACACAAAUCUCAGAUUCCAAAUGGGUUUUGAUUUUUCUAGUAUUUUCCUUUCUUAGCUCUUUCUUUCAAAUGAUGAAGACGAAUCUUUCUUUUCUCCUUCCUCUUUCCCUAAAGUUUUGACCUUUUUUUUUCUCCUUCAAUUUUGUAUUUUCUCACCUAAUAAAAAAAGGUUUCUUCAGUGGGUUUUAAGGGUUUAUUAUUAUCUUAAAAUCAAACACAAUUUCUUAACCAAAAGGAAACAAUCUCAAUUUCAUCACUCACAAAACAGUAAUCUUCAAAGUUUUGGUCUUUUUUACUUGUUGUAAUCAAACAAACAAUCUUCAAAUGUCGGCUUGUAUAAGCAGUGGCGGAGGAGGAGCAGCAGCAUAUAGUUUCGAGUUAGAAAAAGUGAAAUCACCACCAUCAAGCUCAACAACAACAACAAGAGCGACUUCACCAUCAUCAACAAUCUCCGAAUCAUCAAAUUCACCACUCGCAAUCUCAACGAGAAAGCCAAGAACACAACGCAAAAGGCCAAACCAGACUUACUACGAAGCAGCUACUCUUCUCUCAACUGCUUAUCCAAACAUCUUCUCUUCAAACUUGUCCUCUAAGCAAAAAACUCACUCUUCCAAUUCUCACUUCUACGGGAUUGUUAAAUCUCCAUUGCUUAGUGACAACGAUGACGCUUCUGAUUUGCUUCUUCCUUAUGAAUCAAUCGAAGAGCCUGAUUUUCUGUUUCAUCCGACCAUUCAAACGAAAUCGGAGUUUUUCUCCGAGCACAAGGAAGUUAAUUCCGGUGGAGGUUACGGUGGUGAAAUCGAAAAGUUUGAUUUUUCCGACGAAUUCGAUGCUGAAUCGAUUCUUGAUGAGGAGAUUGAAGAAGGAAUCGAUAGUAUAAUGGGAACUGUGGUGGAAUCGAAUUCGAAUUCGAAUUUGGGGAUUUAUGAAUCUAGGGUUCCGGGAAUCAGAAGGAGUUCUAAUCGAAUUGGUAAAUUAGAACAGAUGAUGAUGAUCAAUUCAUGGAAUCGAAGCUCUAAUGGAUUCAAUUUCGCUGGAAAGUUUCCGUUAGGUCUUGGAUUAAGAAGCGCUCUCAGAGAGAACGAUGACCCAAACUUGUGGAGAAUUCAAACCGUUGAUUUCGAACAGAUCUCGCCGCGAAUUCCAACCGUCACAACCGAAACCGCAAUCUCCACCGUCAACGAGGAAAAAUCCGACGGUAAAAAGGUAAUCUCCGGAGAGAAGAGUAAGAAGAAGAAGAAGAAGAAAAUGACAACGCCAUUGAUUACGGAAUCGAAAAGCUCGGAAGAUACGGAGGAAUCGAGUCCGAAGAGAACAGGUCCAUUGUUGAAGCUUGAUUACGACGGCGUUUUGGAAGCUUGGUCUGAUAAAACGUCGCCGUUUGGUGAUGAGAUUCUGGGAUCGGAAGCUACUGGUAUCGAUGUCAAUGCUAGAUUAGCUCAGAUUGAUUUGUUCGGAGACAGUGGAAUGCGAGAAGCAAGUGUUUUGAGGUACAAAGAGAAACGUCGAACUCGUCUUUUUUCCAAGAAAAUUCGAUACCAAGUUCGCAAACUCAAUGCUGAUCAACGUCCUCGAAUGAAGGGACGAUUCGUGAGAAGGCCCAAUGAGAGUACUCCAAGUGAACAAAGAUAACAAGGAUAAAAGAGCCUAGAUUUA